AAACUUCCUAUAGUUAUCAUCAAUACAAGCCACAUCUUCCGAAAUACCGAUCUUCCUGAGAAUUUCUUUCCCUACCUCUGUUUAUCUCCUCGUUGAGGUGUGAUCGACGCUCGACCGGAAGUCUUCCGAGAAGAUAUCAAGCGAUCAAUUGCGACGAGAAGCUAACACAAAGAUAGUCUUCAGCAGUCUACUUUGCCGGCGUGACAGCGCCGCGGUUUCGUCUCUCCCUCUGGUCUCGACUUCUGCCAAUCAAUAACCGGCGCAUCGACUCGCUUACGCUCCACUCUCCUUCCCCCGCUACCUCCCUCCCCCUGUCCUCUCUCUCUCUCUCUCUCCCUGCCUCUCUUUUCCUUUUUCUACUUAUCUCGCUCUCUACUUCAUCUCUCUUCACAUCUCUCAUCCUUUUCUCUUCCCCCCGUUCUUCGCUUCUAGUCUCUUCUCUUUCUAUUCUACUAUACAAUCACUAGCGCACACGCAUUCUAAGUGUUCUCUCUUUAUUUUCUCUCAUCGUUUUCGCUCAUUGCUACAUCACACAUUCUCUCUCUCUCUCUCUUUCCCGCCCUCUCGCUCCCGUGCGUGCGAGCUACGCGCGGCGAAAUACCGCGGGUGCCUGUCAGCGCGAUCAUCACCAUCAGCAACGGAGGUAGACGCAUCGGCAGCGGUCCUGACGGCGGCAGCAUCAUCGGCGGCAGCGGUGCCCGAGCUCGCCGCGCCAGCGCCUUGCGCACCAGCCUCUCUAACAGGCGCGCGCGAGUAUCUAUUUAUAUUCCGUCAAACGUAACGGAGGACGAAAUCGAGCGCUGUUCCACGCGUACGGCCACCUACGCCAGCCGAAAGAAGGAGGCGGCGUGAGAUCGGCCGCGAAGAUCGCGAGCGUGGCACGACGCGGCGUGCAGCGCGGCGCGACGCGGCCGCACCUACAAACUGUAACCGAGACGUAAUGGGUCGAUCGCGUGCGAGAUCCUCGUCGUCGUCAUCCCCGUCGUUGUCAUCGUCGUCGUUGUCGCCGUCGUAAGGUUCAAGGAUAUCACACCUCUAGUCUGUUAAACGACCGGACGGCCCCGCGUAUCUCUAUUCAUCAUCCGAUCGCAUCCAUCCUUGAGAACGGGCAGCAGCAAGGACCUCCACGCUUCCUGUUUCGUUUUGCCUCCACGACGAGGCUCGCAUCCGCGCACUCUCGCCUCUUUCUCUCUCUUUCUCUCCCUCUGCCCUCUCUCCCUCUUUCUCUCUCUCUCUCUCUUUUAUCACGACCAACCAGUCGAUUAGCGCGCCCGGUUACCUCGUCGCCAAGGAGGGUGGAGGGUGCCGCAAGAAGAGGGUGACGACGGACGCUGGUGGUGAUACCGCGGGUAUCGGCCAGGAGGGUCGCGGAAACGACGACGGACGAUCGGCAGGAAGCGGACGAAGGCGGGAAAUGGACGAAGUAUCAUGCGCGACGACGACGUAACCCUCCGUUCGGGGUGCGCUGCUGCUGCCGCUGCCGCCGCUCAGUGUCGUCGCGCGACGUCGCCAUCGACGGCAUAGUGCCUCGCCCGGUCGCAAGGCCAGGGACCACCGCCGCCGCAUCGUGCUUUGUGGUGCGCGUAUGUGUCCGUCCGCGAGCCCGUGAAAGAGGGCUACGUGCGCUGGAUACCGUGCUUCAGUUCAGGGCUCUGGUGCGCACUGCGAGCAUGCGGCCUUCGGGCGAGGCCCGGCGAGGCGGUCCCGCGGGAGGACCGGGCUAAAAGGAACGUAUCGGUUACUCUCGUACGCGCGGGCACGGUGCGCCCGCGGCCGUGCCCGCACCCGCACCCCCGCGCCGCCGGCCACACGCCGAUUAGGCUGAUCCUGAGGACGCGGGAAGCGAGCUGGACUCGCUUUCGGACGCAUGGAACAUGAUAGAGAUGUCGAGUGGACUCGGUGCAACUGCAAUGGGGAUCGGUGUUAGUCACGGGACUGGCGGCGAAGGUGUAGCUGGUGGUUGCCGCCUCCGUGCACAGAACCAAAGCCAGGCCUCGGGGUCCACGAUGCAGCACAGUAAUCCGCAACAAUCGUCUCAGCAGCAGCAAUCGCAGCAGCAACAGCAACUGGCGCCCGCGUCGCAGCAGCAGUCGCAGCAACAGCAACGCCAGACGGCCGGAUUCAUGGGCCGUUCGAAGAAGGACAACUGUUGCCUGUGCUGGUGCUGUUGCUGUAGUUGCUCGUGUAGGAAUAAAUGUUUGGCGGCAGUCGGCGGUAACUCGACGGGCACCGGAGCGGGUGAGCAGGGCAAGAAAAAGGGCAACGCCGGCGUCGACGGCGAGCAAGGCAGCGGCAUCGGCGUCGACCUUGCGGGUGCAGGUGCGGGUAACGGUCUCGACGGACACGACGGUCUCGACGGCAUAGAGUGCUGCAACUUGGAAGAAAUCCGAGCCUGGGGCUCGUCCUUCGACAAGCUGAUGAGGAGUGCCGCCGGUCGCAAUCUCUUCAGGGAGUUCCUCGUAAGCGAGUACAGCGAGGAGAACAUCGCCUUCUGGCUAGCCUGCGAGCAACUCAAGCGGGAGAGCAAUCCGGAGACGAUCGAGGAGAAGGCGCGUUUAAUUUACGAGGAUUACAUAUCCAUUCUUUCGCCCAAGGAAGUGAGUCUGGACUCGCAGGUGCGAGAGAUCGUCAACCGCAACAUGGUGGAGCCGACGCCGCACACCUUCGACGAGGCGCAGCUGCAGAUCUACACCCUCAUGCACCGGGACUCGUAUCCACGCUUCGUCAACAGCGAGAUUUACCGGAGGGUCGCCAGAUUGAACAGCAGCUCGCCGAGCCCAAGCACCGUGCAGGAGCACAGCGGCAAGUCGAAGGGCAAACGCGGGGCGACGUAAUCAUAUGAUCGACGGUCCAGGGACGUCGUGAGCGCGGACCAAGAUCAAUUAUCAAGCACCUUUCACCCACGCGUCGAUCGGCCAAAUCGCUCGGCGGAAAUUCGUCCGGUAAAAGCCUUCCUCCUCGGUCGAGGCGAGGAAUCGCCCGAGCACGGCCGACGAGGUCACGCGGCGACGAUCCGGGGAAAACCGCCAAUCCCGCGGGACCCGUGAGUCAUCUCCCUCGGGUGGACGAGGAGAGAACCUCCUGGUGGUCGGCCGAUCUGCUCGCCAAAAGCCUUGGGGGCUUGUUCAGUGAUUCGCUCUUCCACGCGAAGGCGCAACGGGGCCACGUAAUCGCGCUCGCGACACGCGAGCCAUUACGACACCGAUGAUGAUGAUGAUGAUAAUGGUGGUGAUGAAGAAGAUGAUUAUGAUGAUGACUGAACGUACGACGAGAUCGCGGCCGGUCGGUCGGUCGCGUUGAUCGCUCGCGUUCCACUUCCAGGAGUUCGGUGCAAGCGCGUGCACGCGACAGUGGAUCGCAGCCGAGAGAGAGAGAGAGAGAGAAGGUGGAGGGGAGGGAGGAAGAGAAGAAGGUCACGCGAGAUCGUUCGGGGAUGGCGAGCCAUCCGCGGAACACCCUCGGUCCAUCGAUCUUCGAGCCUCGCGAUCUUACUUUUCGUCGUCGUCGUGGUAGCUCAGAAGCUUGCGUAGGAUCGACUCAAAGCGCUUACGAGCUUUCUUCCUCUCUUUUCGCUCUUCUUAGUUUAAGAGCGAGUACGAUUCGAAUCACACAUACGUACAAACAAACGAACACAUUCACACACGCGCAAACAUAGAGAACAGCUUCACGUCGGCGAGCUCACACGAUCGAAAAUUGUCGAAGCGAUCCUCCCUCGGCCUCUCAGCAUCCGCGGAGAAUGAAAAGGAGUCCGACGCGGAGAACUCUCGAUCGAUCGAGUUCGCGGAUAUGUAAACGCCUAAAGUUGUGAUUCGAAUUGCGCCCGCUGCACUGGGGAAAAAGGUAGACUACGUACGGCUCGAGUCUGGCGAAACGAGAAACGCUUGUUACGUGGUGCACGACCGCGCGCGGCUACUCGACUUUCAGUCGGUGCGUUGAUGAUAAUCGUCGUAUAAUCUAGUCGUCUCUCCUCCGCCCGGUAAGCCCCGCGAGUGCACGCUUUCUUUGCGCGAAGAAUCGGACGCAACGGGUUCCUCGCGGUAGCCGUCGCGAGCCGUCGGGUGGCUCGCGACUCGGCGCUUCGCCGAAGCAGAUACUUAUUCCUCUCGCAGGAUGCAGCCGCUGGCAUCCUGUUGAUCGUGUCUCCUGUGAUCUUAAGAUUAACGCGCGCGCGCGCAGCCCUGGGGCUCGCCGAGAGUGUCGCGUGUCCUCGAAGAUAGGUUUAAUCUGCUCAAGAUCGCUCUCUCUCUCGUUACCGCGACGGUUCACGCUCGGGAGAUAAUCGAGUCGUCGUCGUCAUUACAGCCCGCUGUAACUUCAGGGUAACGUAUCGUAACGUGACGUGACGUAACGUGACGUGACGUGACGCAUUUUUUAUCGCGCGCGCACUUUUCUAUAAUUGCAAGUAGUCCCCGCGAAUCUUCCUCUUCUGGAAGGACGAGGCCGCGAGAAAGCCGCGUGUACUUAUUCCGAUGAAUAAGAGAAACGUUAAGGGGGAGGAAAGGAGACGCAGAGAUGGUGAGAAAGAAAGAGAGAGAGGGAGGGAAGUAGCGUCGGAACGCCGAGCGUCUUCGCCGAGAAUAUCGACUCGGCGUUCGCUUCCGUAGCACUUUAAACGAAAAGCUCGAUGGACGGGGGGGAUCUUCGGUUUAGUUCCCGGCGCGUCAUCCCCAUGGCGGAUAUCGCGAGCUACUGCCAGCGAGAACCACACCAAAGAUCGAACGUGCGUAGGAGCAACUGAUCUGACGAUCGCCAAAGAUAACAACAUUCGACGAACACACCAGAUACGAACGCACACACACACACACAUACACAGAGGUGACUCGCAUAAAAACGCAUAUAUACCGGAGACACGCACACACGUACCCACAGUCUGAUCCAAGCGCGUGUAGAAUCUAGUCACGCGGAUACGCGAUCGGAAAACGCGUGAUCAUGCGAAGCAAAAGGCCUAACCACGAGAUAAAAAACCAAGCAAACAUUCAGGUGCUCCCGAACUCGCGUCAAAUCGAGGCUGUCGCGCCGAAAUCGGACUGUCAUCGUUGUUACGGAUGAAAAAGGGAAAAGGAAAGAGAGAGAGAGAGAAACGCGAAGAGAAAGGGAUAACGAGAUCGACGAAAAAAGCGGCCGGGAGUCGCGGCGCGGAAACCCUUAGUAACGCUAUUCGAUAAGCGGGUAUGAGAUAAGAUCGGGAUACGAAAGAGAAAGGAUGCAAAAGGAGGCUGAAGAAAAAUCACGAGGACUCGAUCGGCGUCGCGCACCGUCACCGUCAUCGAAGACAAUUCAUUCUCGCGCCGCGACGCCUGCCCGACGACGACAGAUUUCUUCUCGGCCGCGAUGCGCUUCGACCGAUCGCUCCUCACACGGACAUCUCUCGCUUCAUCCCUCCGCGGGAUCGUCCUCCCUCCGAAGAGAUCCCGCGCAAACGCUCUCUACGGCUGGAUUCACGUCUGACAUUUCGCCUUCCCGCGACUCUCACGAUGACGACGGCGGUGCGAACGUGGCGUGAACUCGCUCAAGAGAUUUCCCCUCAGGUAUUAUCUUACAAUAACGAAGAGAUGCUUAUCAGAGAGGAGGCGUCCGGCAGAAAUGUCGCGCGACUAAUGUCAAAUAUAAGUAAAAGCCGAAAAUACUAAGCUGAAUAAACUAAUCGAGCAACGUCCGAGAGAUAUUUUCCCUGCGGCGCUCGCGCCGCGUCCGCACCGAUUGCGCCGGGACACACGAGUCAAUCAAUGCAACGAGUGCGAGUGUCGAACGUGAACUUUCCAUUAUCACUAAUACCUUUCUCGACAUUGUGGAGAACCGAUCUCGCGGCCGGAGGAGAGCGACGCUCGGCCGCGACAGCAUAUCGUAAGUUCAAGCAGCUCGACUCAACGUUAUCCACCUGCGUGUGUUGUUGCAUUUUUUCACGCCCCCCUUUCUCCUCUUCUUUUCACGGACUCGAUACUCGGGGACUCGUUGGCAUCUCGACGCAUCGACGGCACAACGGAGACAUGAUACCCGCCGCUCAUCGCGAAACGACCAAAAGAACAGAGAAGCGGGGAAGUUCGAGCGCAUCGCGGCGCGAUUUCCACUCGCGACACACAAAUAUCGGUACUACGCAUCGCGCGUCAGGUAGACGUUUUAAGCGUACAAGUGACACAUGCGAAAAGCGAUAGACGGCCCGCCCGAGAGAUCAUCGAGAGAUCGGGAGGGUGAGAGCGGCAUGUGCUCGCGUCUCUCUAGUCAGAUCGAAAUCGUCGGCAUCGUCGAGAGCGGACAGGACAAACGAUAACAUUCGCGAAGAAUUAAGCAUUUGGCUACUGCCCUUGUAGAUAAUAUAUAGAUAGAUAUAAUGAACGAGAGGAAAUUUAAUGAUUACAAAUAUAAAUAUAAAUAUAAAUAUAAAUAAAUAAAUAUAUAUAUAUAUAUAUAUAUAUGGAGAGGAAAAAAUAUAUAUAUAUAAAUAUACAGACACAUGUGCUAUGUUCCACAUAGGUUCAGAAUGCGAGCGUGCGAGAAUAAUGGAAGAGAGAAUGCGAGAGAGUGACGCGAUUCUUUUUAACUCUUCGAUCCUUUGUUCGACGCGAGGACAAGCCUGUCCACCGCGACUGAAAAAAAAAAUAAAUAAAAACGGAAUAUAAAAGGGAAGCGUAAGACGACAGUAACCAGCGAAGAUCUCAAGGUCGAUCGUAAAUCCGACAUCGACGAUAACGCCUCGCGUGACGACCGAAGCGGAAGAUGAACGCGAGAUUUAUAACGGAAAUCGCGAGCAAUGACAAUUGCGCGAGAGUUGCGUUUAGAUCGAGACAGGGGUCGAUAGAGCGAUGUAACAAUGCGCGCAAUAGCUCCGAAUAUUCUCUCAAGACUCACAACGGGCAAUUUAUAUCGUUUUAUAUUGCGAUCUGAAGUGUUUUAUGCUGUAAUCCAAAAUGUUAACCAAAAUGUUGCAUCGUUCAUGAUUGCCGUUAUAUCUUUAUUGUCUCAAUUUAUUUUUGCAUCGGUUUUUACUUAUUACCGCUUCCACAUUCAUAAGCAGGUAUUGAAAGACAUAUGUGACGUAUGGAUUUUCCGGCAGCGUCUUUGUUGAAGACGAUCGUACCGUUCGCUCUCUCUUCUCUUGUCUCCAACAGGGUUGUUGUGAAGGCCGUUCAUUUAGGACCUCAACGCGGCUUCCGGAGGCCUCGCGUCGGCAUCGUCGAUGAAAUUAAGCGGUGAGAUUGCUCGAACGUCGUCUUCACUAAUAAACGCACAAUUUUCUCAA